GGAACUGACCCAAACGAGGCACUGUUCCAAAAGAUACCUCAAGAGGGCGCUGUUUCUACUAGGACGUGUUCUGCGGGCCACUUGACUAAAAAGGGGCCGGCUGUGUAUACAAGUCUGUCCUCUCAUUCAUGAGUGUAUAGCAGUCCCCGCCGAGUCGCCAGCCAGGCCGUGUCACAUCCUCGUCAAAACAGAUAGCUCUGUUCUCUAAUACGGUUGGAAAGGGUUGUGACCCUGUAAGGUAGUAGCCACCAUGGCAGAAGCUCACCAGGCCGUGGCCUUCCAGUUCACCGUUACCCCUGAUGGUAUCGACCUCCAGCUGUGCCACGAGGCUCUACGCCAGAUCUACCUCUCUGGUCUCCACUCCUGGAAAAAAAGGUUCAUUCGCUUCAAGAAUGGGGUAAUGACUGGUGUGUACCCGGGCAGCCCUGCUGGCUUCAUGGUAGUGGUUGUGUCCUACAUGUCCUACAAUAAAUAUAAUCAGCUGGAUCCCUCUCUGGGGUUGAUUGCCAAACUGGGUCAACACAUGCCCAUCAGUCGAUACAUGUCCACAGACAGCCAGCGGGUAGUAGGAGGAGUUCUGGUGGGCACGGGCCUGUGGGUCACCAUAAUCAUGGUUAUGAGGAAUGUACUAAAGUGCCUGUUGUCAUGGCAUGGUUGGAUGCAGGCUCGCCAUGGUACCGUGUCCUGGUCUGUUCGUCUGUGGAUGUUAUUAGUGAAGGUCUUCUCUGGCAGGAAGCCGAUGCUCUACAGUUUCCAGAACUCUUUGCCACGGCUACCUGUUCCCAGUAUCAAGGACACUUGCAGAAGGUACCUGGAGUCAGUGCGCCCACUGAUGGAUGAUGAGAAGUAUGAACGGAUGGAGGGCUUGACUAAAGACUUUGAGAAGAACCUGGGGCCCAGAUUGCAGUGGUACCUCAAACUCAAGUCCUGGUGGGCCUCCAACUACGUUAGUGACUGGUGGGAAGAGUAUAUUUACCUUCGAGGCCGUGGGCCCAUCAUGGUUAACAGCAACUAUUAUGCCAUGGAUUUCCUGUAUGUGUACCCCACCUCCAACCAGGCUGCCAGGGCAGGCAAUGCAAUCCAUGCUAUCAUGCUCUACAGGAGAAAACUGGACAGAGCCCAGAUCAAACCAACAUACUUGCUGGAUAACAGGAUUCCUCUGUGUUCGGCUCAAUGGGAGCAGAUGUUUAACACCACCCGCGUCCCUGGUUUGGAGACAGACACCCUUCAGCACGUGAACGAAAGCAAACACAUAGCUGUGUACCACAAGGGCCGUUUCUUCAAAGUGUGGAUGUUUUAUGAUGGACGGCUACUGUUGCCACGGGAGAUAGAGCAGCAGAUGGAGAGGAUCUUGGCCGACCAGUCUGAGCCAUUGCCAGGAGAGGAGAAGCUGGCUGCACUAACUGCAGGGGAAAGGACACCAUGGGCCAAGGCUCGCGAAACCUACUUUGCCCGAGGUAAGAACAAGCAAUCACUGGACACCAUUGAAAAAGCAGCCUUCUGUGUUACCCUUGAUGACACCGAGCAGUGCUACGAUGCAGACAACCCAGUCAAGUCUCUGGACAGCUAUGCCAAGUCCCUCCUUCAUGGAAAGUGCUACGACAGGUGGUUUGAUAAAACCUUUAACCUGAUAAUUUUCAAGAAUGGCACCAUGGGACUGAACGCAGAGCAUUCCUGGGCAGAUGCUCCAAUUGUUGGCCAUCUGUGGGAGCAUGUUCUCUCCAUGGACCCUAUAAAGUUGGGAUAUACUGAGGAUGGUCACUGCCGUGGGGAGCCUCACCCCAACCUGCCAGGUCCUCUAAAGCUGUCAUGGGACAUCCCUGCUGAGUGCCAGGAGGUCAUUGAAAGCUCUCUGACAUUAGCCAGAACUCUGGCCGAUGACGUGGACUCUCACAUUUUCCCCUUCAAAGACUUUGGCAAGGGUCUGAUAAAGAAGUGCCGCACCAGUCCUGAUGCCUUCAUCCAGAUCGCCCUACAGCUGGCCCAAUACAGGGACAAAGGCAAGUUCUGCCUGACAUACGAAGCCUCCAUGACACGUCUGUUCCGUGAGGGCCGAACAGAAACUGUGCGCUCCUGCACCAUGGAGACCUGUGCCUUUGUUCGUGCCAUGAUCAGAGACGAGACAAGAGAAGAGCGUCUCAGGUUGCUCAAGGUGGCGGCAGAGAAGCACCAAACCAUGUACCGCCUGGCAAUGACAGGAGACGGCAUCGAUCGCCACCUCUUCUGUCUCUAUGUAGUUUCCAAAUACCUGGGAGAAGACUCACCCUUCCUCAAGGAGGUCCUGUCUGAGCCGUGGAGGCUGUCCACCAGUCAGACGCCCAUGCAGCAGGUUGAACUGUUCGAUCUGGUCAGACACCCCGAGUUGGUGUCCUCCGGAGGUGGAUUUGGUCCAGUGGCUGAUGAUGGUUAUGGUGUCUCCUACAUUAUUGUUGGUGAGAACCUCAUCAACUUCCACAUCUCCAGCAAACACUCAAGCCCAGAAACCGACUCCCAUCGUUUUGGCAGCAACAUCAGACAGGCCAUGCUUGACAUCCUGGAUCUCUUCCAGCUGGACAAGAAAACCAAGUGAUUGUCCUCUCCAUGGGUAUAUUAUAACAUAAAAAGUUGUUUUCAGCAAGAAAUGUAUUCGUCCUGAAGCUUGUACAGAAUCAAAUAUUGGACUUUGGGGUAUUUAACUUUAAUUGUUACGGAAAUUACAGAAAUAAGGAUGAUUGAUAGGAAUUUGUCACCAUAUUUGUGAGGCGUUCAUGUGUACUGUAUAUUAUAAGCAAGGUGAGAUUCUGGUGUUAUUGGGUACAGGUAGUGCACAGAUCAAAGUUUUUAUUCACAGGACUUUUUCAAGGGUGCUUCAGUGACCCGCUUACACAAAAAAGGACAGAAAGGGAAGAAGAAAAUGAAAGAUCUAGUCUGAUAUCAAGUCUGUAACACCACAUUAAGACACAUUUCAGCUAAAGGAUUGUUCAGUAGCGUCAUGCAAUAUUACACUCACAUUUUAAGUUGAGAGAUGGAGCAAUGUUUUUACUAGUUUUUCUCCCAAUUUUGAAAAACCUAUGACUUCUUUUAGUUUUUCUUUGGCUUCUUCUGGUCUUUCCAAUUGCAGCACCUGACUCAUGUGCAACUAGCCAAAGCAGCAAACGUGAAGUUUAAUAUCCUCAACAAAUAGGCAUGUUGCUUUUUAUUCAUUUUAUAUGGCUCGGCCUCAGCACUAGGUCUGAUUAGCUAGGUUAUAAAAGUUAUUUUUUACCUACAGAGCCAGUUGAUCUAUCAACAUAUGAAUUACAAAUAUUCAUGUCUGAUGUGGAAAGUGACCCUGUACCAGUGUGAUCCUGGAUACGGACACAGAAGACUAAGGAGCCACUUUCUGAUCAAUAGAUCAACAUUGCCACAAUACAGAAUGUAGAUAUUGCGGCAAUAUUGUGCAGUACAUAUACAAUAUAAUUGUACAGAUCAUUUUGUAUGUGUUUGUCGUUUUCAUACUCAGGUUUUCCUAACUUGGCCUAGUAUUGUAGGGUAUCGGAAGAUUAGCGCUCAUGUCGCCGUGCACAUGUGCAGCAGCAGUAGAAGAAAUUGAAAUUCAGAACAAUGCCUUGGGAUCCCGAGGAGCUGGUUGGGGGUGUAACAUUAAAAGUUGGCAGUGAAAGAAUGGCAGUGCGAGGCCGACAGUGACCUUUGUUAUGUUACUUUUGUUUAAAAAAAAAAAUGGGUCAACUGUACUUAUAUCUCUGUUAUGCACUCCGCGACUGGUCCUUUAGUUCAAACUAACCAAUUCCUGGCUACAUUGGCAGCCUUUUGUCAGAUCAAGAUGGAUUGUAAACUUUUUAUGAGCAAACAAGUUGUCAGUUACAGGCAUAGAGGCAUUUUAACUGUCACUAUGAGGUGCAGUAUGGUAGUAAAUAGUUUUUUCUGAGAGUAAUGCUUCGGAAGUCCAGAUAUAGAGGGGCUGUCACAUAGGAAUCCAUUUCCGAAAUGUACACGUGUGAGUUCAUUAUAUUAUUUAUUUUUUUCUCCAUGUUUUAACCUCUAUUCACAAAGCAAACAUGCAUAUUUACCUGCUGAAUGUGGCUAACGAUGAGCAAAGGCCUCCUGUUUUUGAAAUGACUGUGUCAUCACUUGAUAUCACAGACUUUGCCAGUAUGUUGUAGUUGAAUGACCUCUUAUCUCGGUAGACCUCAUGUUUACACUGCUGCAUGGUUUUUGAAGAUGAAGCUGUAUAUGUUUGCCUUUUAAUUUAAAGAUGGUGUAAAAAGGCAGGCAGCUGAUAUACCAAAAUGAGUUUUAACAAUAAAGUGAAUGUCCAACA